CAUAGCAAGAGUGACAGCAAUUUGCAAAACAGAAACUGAACUUAUAUCUGACAAGCUGUGACAGAAGAAGAACAUGUACAGAAUAAGAAAGGAUAUCCUCACUUACCUUGUCCUGCAACUGUGUUUAUUCUGGACUUUGAACAAGUACUGUGUUGCUCAGCCUGAGACAACUAUGACAGAGCAGAAAGGGACCUUUGAAACUUGCAGUUCAUUUGGAUCAACCGUGCCCUUAAUGCAAUAAAUAGCUCUUCUGAUAUAUAGCAAGAUUAACAGCAAUUUGCAAAACAGAAUCUAAACUUCCAUCUGACAAGCUGUGACAAAAGAGGAACAUGUUCAGAAUAGAAAAGGCUAUCCUCACAUACUUUGUCCUGCAGCUGUGUUUAUUCUGGACUUUGAACAAAUGCUGUGCUGCUCAGCCUGAGACAACUAUAACCCAGCAAAAAGGGACCUUUGAAACUUGCAGUUCAUUUGGAUCAAUUAAUCCAAGAAUUGCUUUCCAUGCCUGCAUAGCAGGAGAAAAAGAUCCUCCACACCAAAUGACCUCUAUAGUGUUUGAUAACGUUCUGGUUAACUAUGGAAAUGGUUACAACAAGCAAACCGGCAUCUUUACUUGUACAAUCCCCGGUGUAUACACCUUCAACUACUCUCUGCUUCCAAAGAUGGACUCCGGUGACACUGCUCUGUUGCUGAUAAAAAAUGGAGACAAAAUCAACUAUAUUCACAGUAUUAAUACAGCAGGGAAUGCCCAAACAGCAUCUCUAAAUGCAGUGCUUCAUCUCAGCGUCGGUGACAGAGUGUGGGUGCAGUUACAACAAGGAAGGCCUUGGACUGGGGGCAACUCACUCUGUUUCCAAGGAUAUCAGCUGUUUUCAGACUAAGCAGAAAGAAUGUAACCUUUUACGUUGCAUUGGAUUUUAGAUAUUCAUUUAAUCGUGCGCUGAAGUGAUAGAGGAGAAAAGGUACAUUGAGUUUUUAAUUGUAAUGAUUUUUGUUGCUGUUGUUUUCCAUUUUAAACAGUUCUCACUCAUUUUGUCUUCUGCCUGUUUCAUGAGUAGAACUAAAUAUAUAAAUAGUUGGUAUCAUGCAAUCAUAAAAUCUCUAAGCACUAAGGAUAUCACUUAUAGCUAAAUCAGUUGUAUACCCUUUUUAGAACUUGCUUGAGGUGCUGUUUUUUGUAGCAAAUGAUAUUCUCAGAUUUUAUUCUGAAAUUGUUGUAAGGAGCAGUUAGAUUACCUAAAUAAAAUGCUACUAAUGUGACACAAAUUUGAUGCUUUAUAAAAGAAAGAAAUACAUAGGCAUGAGAGAUACUUUUGUUAUAGAGGUACAGAAUAUCAUAUUAGGUUGCAUUUUCUCACCAUAACGUCCUGUGUGUGACCCUCUAAUACAUGUUUAUGCAUUUGUGAACAGCUUUAGAAUGCAGUGGGUCAAAUUAGCACAUUAAACGCCUCUUGCAGUUUGUCUCAUUUUAUCAGUAUUGGUUCUAAAAAUUAUAUUUUCCAAACUUCAGCUCUGAACAUACUUUAUCUCCGGAUAUGUAGUCAAAUUGAUUGAGAGCAUUUUAAUCACAUGCUGAGCAAUUGAAAGAAAAUGAUAUCCUAAUAAUACCUUUGUCUCCCAGCUAGUACAACCUUGAAGAUGUUGUAUUAUAACAAGGGUAUAGUACUUCCUGAAAAAAUAGGUACCAUUUUUAUUUGUAUUAACAUCUGUAAACAGUCUAUGCUUUUUAAUAAAAUGCACACUUCAGUUCCUGAUACACACACACACACAUGUGUGUGUGUGUGUGUGUGUGUGUGUGUGUGUGUGUGUGUGUGUGUGUUAUUAUUAUUCUCACGGACAGUUAGGGAUGAAUUAAUAGUGUCAUUAAUGAAAAAGCCAUGAAUGAGAUAACGACCACGUCCUCUAUAUUACAUGAUAUGAUGACAUUGUGUACAUGAUAUCUGUAUGUUCCAUUAACCCAAUAUGAUUUCAUUUGUAAUGAUUUCAUAUAUUAGGAGAAAUACUGUAUAUGCUGUUCACAUUUACUUUAUUUUCAAAUUAAACACAGACGCAUACACACACAGACUCACUCACACACAUAAAAUCAUUACUGAACUAUUCAUCAAGCAUUAACAAAACAAGAUUUCAACUUCCCCGUUUCAACUUCCUAAUGUUCAACUUGAUGGUCACUCAGCAGAGGCACAUUGGUUUAAUUUGUUUAUACCAUUGUAUAUGAUUGAGUAAUAAUGAAAAAAAGGAUUGCAGGUGCUGUUUCCUCUUUGCUGGCAGUAAUUCACUAUGUGUGGCAAUUUAUCUUUUGUUUCUGUUGUUGCAUGCUCAUAGAGUUAGUGUAUUUAAGUAAGGGAGUAUGGAAAUUAUCCCCCCGCCAUAGAGAUCUAUCAGUGAGUUUAAGUUUCAGCUAUUUGGCCAUUUGCUUGAAACUUUAGCAACUUGAAAUGUGGGGAAAUUAGCAUACAAAAGUAUAGAUUAAAUGGAACCGUCUUCAUUUUGUAGCCAAAUGGAAAAUGAACAACUUUUGCUCAUAUGCUGUACUGAUGCCUACCUUGUUUUAAACAUAUUUAGACUUUGGUUUCUAUCAGAAUGCCACUCAUUUUGUAGAUGACACAUAUCUUUAAAAAUAGAACUCAUUUUGUAUGUAACUGCAUGCCAAACAACUUUUGUGCACAUAAAGCUCUUAACAUUUUCUGAUUCAUAGCUCUUCACAUUUGAUUUUUUUGAAAACAGAAAAUACUUUUUGUCUUUUUUCUUCAUUAGCAAAGAUGUGGAAUACACAUGUACAAGUAGUGUGAUUCGGUUUCUGCAGUGAGUGUUGCAUUGUAGAGCAUGUUAUAAGAUAUGUUGAGUAACUGUAACUUAUCCAAUUUAUCUUUUUAACUAUAAAUAAUAGAUAUCAUUGUUUUUGUGCAAAUGCAUUACAACAAUACUGCUGUAAGCUUAUGUGUUCUGAACUGAGACCAGAUGAUGCCUGAAAUGGGUUUGUAAACCAGCUAACAAACAGAAAAAUAAACAAAUGAAUGAACGAAUAAAUAAAAAAUAAAUAAAAU